GCCCGGAACCGGCGGCGGGAGCGAGCGGGGCGAUCCCGGAGCAUCCCGGAACCGCGCGGAGCAUCCCCGAGCCGCCGCAGCCCCCGCAGCCAUGGCCCGCCCCGCCGCGCCCGGCCCCGCGCCAUGGUGGAAUUACUUUUUCCUUUAUGAUGGCUCAAAAGUGAAGGAGGAAGGGGAUCCUACAAGUGCUGGCAUCUGUUAUUUUUACCCUCCCCAGACCAUCCCGGAGCAGCAGGAGCUGCUGUGUGGGCAGAUGGCCGGGGUUGUUCGCUGUCUCACCGAGAUCUCCGGGGCCCCUCCCAGCCUCGUCCGCCUCAGGAAGCUCAAGUUUGCCGUGGUGGUGGAUGGAGACUUUCUGUGGGUUCUGGGCUGUGCUGUGGAGCUGCCUGACGUGAGCUGCCGGCGGCUCCUGGAGCAGCUCAUCGGCCUCUUCACCUUCUACCACGGCCCCGUGUGUGGUGCAUACACGGUGUUUUCCCAGGAGGAGCUGAGCAGGGAGUGGGACAGGUACAUUGAACACAUCCAAAAAAACACCAGUGACCUCCACAGGAUUUUCAAUUCUCUCUGGCAUCUGGAUAAAACCAAGGUGGAUCCCCUGCUGUUGCUGAAGGCAGCUCUCAUCCUGCAGACGUGCCAGCGCUCUCCCCAUGUCCUGGCAGGCUGCAUCCUCUACAAAGGCUUGAUUGUGAGCACCCAGCUGCCACCUCCUCUCACUGCCAAAGUCCUCCUGCAGGGCAGCGAGUCCCCAGGCCAGAGUGAGCCUGGAGCUGAGGAGUUGCAAGAACCUGAGCCCCUGCUGCCUCCUGGUGUCCGAGUCCUCCCGGUGUUCCUCACGGCUCAGGAGGUCUCUGCACUCCAGGACUUCCCUGUGGAGUGGAAGGCCAGGUCACCCAUGUCCCCAGCAGGCCCCAGAGGAGAGGAGAGUGCUCCCUGCUCCCAGGCAGUUCCAGAAUCAACAGGAGCUCAUAAAAACCAAGCCUUGGAUGGAAUCUCUGUGCAGGAGUCCCAUGAGGACACAUCAGGAACACCUGCCCCAGGAGAUGCUGUGCAGUUGGGCAGCCCUGCAAGUCCUCUGAUGGACUUUUCUGGAACGGGAGCCAGCACAAGGAAUUCUCCAGCUGCAAACCUGAGUGGAGCAGGCAGUGAAAACUCAGAGCUCGGCAGGAAAACAUCCUUCCCCUCAGAGAGCGACACAGAGCAGCUCCCAAGCCCUUCCUCACUCCAGACUGAAUGUACUUGCACUACAGGUCCAUACCUGGAGGGCUUUUCCUUUCCCAACCCUUACUCCUGGGAGCAGGCGAGCCAGGACAAGAGGGAAUCCCUUGCAGAUUCUGAUGUUGAUCACUGUGCUUCCCAAAAUUCGCUUUCAGUCAGCCACAGUCCAGCUGUUCCCUCUCCUGCCCGGGAGCUGAGCAGAAGAAAAUCCAGUGAGCAGGACAAGGCAUGGACUGUGAGCCAGGAGCGUGUGUCUGGAGGAAGUGACAGCACAGCUGGUGACCACGGGUGGGGCUUGGAUUGUCCAGGCCCUGCUGGACACACACAGCUCCUCAGCAGGAGGCAGCCACUGGUCCCAGAGCUUCAGGAGGCUCUGCCCAGUGCCCCUGCAGGGGACAGACCGUGUCCCAGCAGCAGGGAAGGCAGCUGGGACAGGCUGGGUGGCAGAGAGGGUGAGCCAGCCCAGCUGAGCCUCUACGUUCACUGCAUCCAGGGCUUGGUGCUGUCGCUGCUGGCUGAGGAGCGGCUGCGCCGGGACCGCAGCGCCCUGGAGGACGUGUACCACAGCAGCCUGGCCUCCCUAAAUGGCCUCGAGGUUCACCUGAGGGAGACCCUGCCCAAGGACUCCUCGGCCUCAGCCAGGACCAACUACAGCUUCACACACUAUGACUGUGUCCAGAACAUCCUCACGGCCAACUUGCCCCACACCCCCGGGCCCCUGGAGCGGCACUUCCUGAGGGCAGCCACACUCAUCCACUCUGACUUCAGCCAGCUCCCCAUGGCCUCAGAAGUGAUCAUCAGGAACGCCUCCACAGCCGUGUAUGCCUGCCGGAAUCCUGUCCAGGAGACCUACUUCCAGCAGCUGGGAGCUCCACUCCGCAACUCAGGCGUCCCCAACCCGCACGACAGCGCCUUCAGCCUGCCCAGCAAGGCCAAGCAGAAGCUGCUGAAGCAUGGGGUGAACCUGCUGUGAGCUGCUGUGCUCAGACAACAGCUCAGCCCUGUGCAAUGUUCAUCUCCAGUGAGGAUAAUCUCAGCUGUUUAUGCCCACAGAGGCACAAGGCCCUGCCCUGCCUCUGUGGGGUCUCCAGCCUGCCAGGCCCUGAGGAAGGGACAAUC